GGAGGAGAAAACACAUCCAGCGUAUACGAAAUAAGAGCUGCAGACAAUUUGUUCGCGUUUGUUUUGAGCGGACGACAUUUAAUAGUCAGAUUUUGAUAUCACUCUUCCGUUUCCAUGUAAGAAUUUUUGUUAAAUGUGGCUUUUUGGUGCCCGGAGAGGCCACGAUGUUACGGGUGUGUGGUCGGAUCGUGUUUUGUGCUGAAGGGCUGCUAGUGGAAGUGUAGUAUUGUAGCAGCUGAAUAGUAAUUCUGCUCCGUGUGUGAGAAAGGGAAGAAAGGAGGAUAGCAGAGAGUGGAGUGCCGCUGGGUAGGAAAACGGUACUUUUUAUUAUUUCUGUUCGUACAUUCCGCCCGUUUCCACCUCCUUAUCCUGGCGAAAGGCUGAACGGUUAAAAUGGAGGCGGACAGAUCCGGCGGAGGACCAAACCCGAACUCCGGAGGCGGCAGCAGCGGCGGCAGCAGCAGCAGCGGAGCGGGGCGCAACCCGAACGGGCCCAAAGCAGCACCGGGCCAGGCGACAUCAGCUUCGGCCACAGGAGCGAUGGCAGCGGCGGCGGCGGCGGCAGCGGCGGCCGGGGCCGUCCCGGGGUCGUUGCAGCCUCGGGAGCCGCAGGACGGGGACUCGGGUAUGACGCUUCCCGGGAUCCUGCACUUCAUCCAGUACGAGUGGGGACGUUUCCAGGCCGAGAAAUACCGCUGGGAGGCUGAGAGGGACGAACUCAGGGCUCAGGUGGCGUUCCUACAGGGUGAGAGGAAAGGCCAGGAGAACAUGAAACAGGACCUGGUGAGGCGGAUCAAAAUGCUGGAGUACGCCCUAAAACAAGAGAGAGCAAAGCACCAGAAGCUGAAGACGGGAAACGACCAGAGUCCUGGAGACAAGAAACCGGAGACGGAGGCGGAUCAACUUCCCAAUGGGCCGGCUGAGUCAGACUCUGAGCCAGCCAAUCAGAUGUCCUGGAAGGAGGGACGUCAGCUACUACGCAAAUACCUUGAGGAAGUGGGUUAUUCAGACACUAUACUGGACAUGCGCUCUAAGCGUGUGCGCUCCCUGCUUGGGCGGAGCAGCCCUGAGGCUAAUGGCCCCCCGCCCAGCGAAAGCUGUCCUGAGCCUGAGCCACGGGCAGGUGGAGAGUCCCUGUUGGUCAGACAAAUAGAGGAACAAAUUAAAAGGAACGCGGGCAAGGAAAGCUCGAAGGAACGCGUGGGUGGGUCAGUGCUGGAUAAGAUCCCUUUUCUGCAUGGCUGUGAGGACGAUGAUGAAGACGACAGCGACGAGGAAGACGACUUCCAAGGCAUGGCCACCGACUGCAUCGACGGCCCCCGCAAGAGCAAAAAGUCUCGUGUAAAGAUGGGUUCAGAGCCUAUGACCACAGAUCUGGACCCGGAGGACGAGGAGGACGAAGACGACUCGGAAGAUGCCCUCAGUGAAUUUGACUUCCUGGGCUCAGGGGAGGAUGGGGAGGGGGCGGGAGAGGCCCGGAUCUCGGGGGACGGCCGGGAGUUAGAAAACCGCAGGAACAAGUUACAAGGCAUGAUGUCGGACUUCCCCCCUAAACCUACCCCGCCCCCCUCUGUAUCAGGACAGGCUCGCGCUGGGGAAGGCGGCGCCCUCGGGUUUUCAUCCGAUGUCUUCAUCAUGGAUGCAGUCGGAGGAGGGGACAUGAACCUGGGUGAACUGGCUGAUCUCACUGUUGCCAAUGACAAUGAUCUCUCCAUGGAUAUGCAGGAUAACAGGGAGGAGUUUAAGAAGACAUGGAACCCUCGCUUCACACUACGCAGCCACUUUGACGCCAUCCGUGCUUUGACCUUUCACCCCAACCAAGCCGUGCUGCUCACAGCCUCGGAGGACGGUACACUAAAGCUGUGGAACCUCAACAAGGCCAUGCACUCUAAAAAGAACGCAGCUUUGGAUGUUGAGCCCAUCUACACAUUUAGAGCACACAGUGGAGCUGUUCUGUCGCUGACCAUGGGUGAAGAUGGAGAAUCCUGCUACAGUGGAGGUCUGGAUGGAACCGUCAGGUGUUGGAAGAUGCCAGACCUUAAUGUGGAUCCCUAUGACAACUACGAUCCUGGCAUUGAGAGCAGUGCACUAGCAGGCCAUGAGGACAGCGUGUGGGGUCUGACCUACUCUGCAGUUCACCAUCGUCUUGCCUCAUGCUCAGCUGACGGCACCAUUCGCGUCUGGGACCCUCAGAACUCGUCUCCCUGCUUGUCCGUCUUCAACAAAGAGAGAGAGCACGGAACGCCCACCUCUGUGGCCUUCGUGGCCACGGAUCCCAACCAGGUGGUGGUUUCAUUCGACGGCGGUGAGACGCUGCUCUAUGACCUCAACACGGAGCAGAGCGUCAUUACGCUAGAGACACAGACCAAAGAUGGCAGUGAGCUGAUCAACCGUGUCGUCAGUCACCCAUCUGAGCCCGUCUCCAUCACUGCACAUGAGAACCGCACCAUCCGCUUCCUAGACAACAAGACAGGAAAAGUUGUCCACUCAAUGGUGGCUCAUUUAGAUGCAGUCACCUGUCUCACUACAGACCCCAAAGGCACUUACCUCAUCUCUGGCAGCCACGACUGCUCAGUGCGCCUAUGGAUGCUGGACAACAGGACGUGCGUGCAGGAGAUCACUGCCCACAGGAAGAAGCAUGACGAGGCCAUUCAUGACGUGGCCUUCCACUCUUCCCAGCCCUUCAUUGCCAGCGCUGGCGCAGAUGCACUUGCCAAGAUCUUUGUCUGACAGCACUGUCGUCAUUCUGAGUCCUACUAUCACAACUGGGCCAAAAGAGACUGAAGACUACAGUGGACAAAUUUGACCUGCUUACACACACACACACACACACACACACACACACACUCAUACACCCACACACACACACACACACACUCAAACACACACUUGUCCUGCACCCCACUGGCUGGGUCACCGCCACAGGACGUCACCUCCCUCCCCUUGAAUUCCUUGCUGUUCUCUGAUGCCUCAGUGACUUCUUGUAAUACUAAUCACAUCUUGUAAUGCUUUUUUAUAACUUUAAAAUCCUGGCUACUCUGUUUUCAAGUAAUCAUGUUUGGAGUAACACUUUUCUACACUACAAUACUCUGUUUGCUUGUUUUUCAGUCUGCCAACGGUUAGCACCAAUUACCUUGCGUGUGCAUUUUUUUGGGCGCUUCGAUCGCUGAUACACUACUCGCACUUCACGGAAAAAAAACCAACACUCACACUGCACACACUGCACAAGUGCACCGCCACAUUUCAUUUUAGAUUUUUUAAUUUUUUUUUCCAACAGUUGAAAAAAUGCUUGUGGCUAACAUAAGUACGUAGUCAUGACUUAAAGAGUAACUGCUCCCAAUGUUGACCGAAAACACCUGACCCGACCUUUACAUUGGGACUCAAUGUAUUACAUUCCAAAGACUCCAGGUAGGGUGUGUGUGGUGUCGUAUUUGGGGUUGGAGAAUGUUUAACUUAGUGCGUGUGACGUGAGGAAGCACUAGACAGCGGCUAACCAGUGUUGAACAAAUAGCUUUAAUUUCAACUUUGACACAAGUCUCGUUGUAAGUCUGAGUAUUGUAGCGUUCCCAUGAUUCUGCCUAUAUUUGUGUGUGUGUGUGUGAGAUUUAAUGUCACUUUGCUGUACAAGAUAAAUGAACAUACUCCCACAAUCCAUUUCUACAGAUGUGCGGUUCGACUCUACGGGCCGAUGCUCUGGCGCCACAUUAAUGAGUGCAAAGUUAACGUCCAUAGAGUACAGAGGACGUGAGACUGCUCGGUAUUUUUUUUUCUCAACAAAUGGCAUAGAUUGUGUCAUUUGGUGCUUUUACUGUACAGAAAAGUGUGUGUGUGUGUGUUUGUAUAUGCACUAGUUAAAUCACGGUGCUAUGAAAGACCUUGUCAGUCUUGAGUCAGAAUCAGGGACCUGUUUUUGUGUGUUCUUGUGAGACGGAGAGACUGUGUUUCUCACUCAUUGGGCUAUAGAUGUACAUCAAGUGAAUCACCUUUUUAAAAUGACAUUUAAUCGUCGAAUCAUUUCAUCACGUGUGGUCACAUUUCAGAAUUAACCGUCACUGUUAAUGUUUCUCACAAGAGGGAUGCGGCCUCGAUUGUUUCUGGUUUGAGGUACAGAGCUGAUUGCGGUGUUACAGUGAGGACCACCUGGACUGAAAACGCUUUUUUUUCCCCCCCUCUGAUGAGAGAUUGUCUCUUUUUGAAGUCGAUGCCAGUUUGUAGGCGGCGCUCAGUUCUAGCUUUUGUCGUUAUUUAUUCAGGCUUUCACUAAAGCUUGACUUCACCUUCACUUGUGUGUUGAGGUGACGUUUCCUCUGUAUCCGUUGCAGGAGUCGCACAUUAGCCCUGAGAGCUUACGUGUGAAGCUGGAAGAGGAAUGCUGUGAGGGGAAGGGGAGGGGGAGAAGUCCAUUUUAAAUUCAGCCACUUUUAUUAUUUCAGAAAAUAAAAAAAAAGUAUUGAUUGAAGAUGUGCAGAUGUCAGCUAAUAAUGCUGACACUUUAGCACCUAACCUGUCUUGGUCGCGUUGUGGUUCUGCUAUUUUGGAUGUAACCCAGAGAACAUUUGGCUUAAGUGGAAAGAUUCUUCUUUUGAGGCACCUCACGUCUAUCUCUGUUUGUGUUCUGCAUUUAUACCGAUAACCACGGAACGAAUGCUUGUUUGCUUACGGUAGAAGUUGCCCCAUUUAGCGGUUAAUUUAAUCUUAUUACUUUGAGAAGACUGCUUCAAUCUGCUGUUAAAUCAGUUGUUUAUGGGGGCAUCCUCCACCUCUACAGGGUCACACUAGGGGUCAGUUUCAAGCAGCCAAGAGGUAAACACUCCUUUUCAAAUCACUGGAGACACUAGCGUUCAUAAUUCAGCGUUGCAUUCUUUUCUAGACAGGGUGGUGGACUGUUGUAUGACAUUAAGGUGUCACUCUGCUGUUGCUUUGACUCUGAAUCGGUCAAAGAAAACAACCAGGUGCAACAACAUUAUUGUACUGCUGCUGGGCAUAACGUCCUGUUAUCACGGUUAACUACUAUUUGGCUCCAUGCUUUAGGUUAUUAGUGGACGGACAGGUUGCAGAAAUAGAAGUAUUUCUUAUACAGUCUGAAUACUACCAGGGUGGAACCUGCUGUGGCUCACAGUUAUUUGAUGAUGAGAGUUACUGAUGGCCGACUGAUGCUUUCUUUUCGCCCUGAGCCACUAUGUUCCCUCUGAGAAUAAAGACAAAUCAGUAUGACACAUCAAAAAAGAAAAAGAAAUCGAAAUAGAGGUUGUAAAUGAUGACUAGAGUUGCCAUUAUGUGCUGUAAAUGUCCAUCAUUUCCUUGUUUUCUUUCUUGCAUUUCUUUUUUUUUGAUUAUGAAUAUGAUUAUUAAGAUGUAAGAAUACUGUAGUAUCAUAAGUGAAUCAUUCUUCCUUGCUAGGCAUAGAACUUGCUUGUGAUUGAUAAUGGCAAUGUAAAACUUGUAAAAAAUCAAAACGAUUAAAAAACAUGAAAAAUUAAGAAAACAAGUACAAAAAAAAAAAAAAUCUGUUACCAGUCAGAGGCCAAGGUAAAGGACUCUCAUUUCUUUGUGUUUUUAUUUUUUUAUUAGCAAUUUAUCACUGUGUGAUAUUUUGUACAUCAUAUUAAGCUGUAUUCAAACGAUUUCCUCUAACUACAAGGGAUAAGAGACCUGCUUUUUAUUAAUUUUGUUUUAUUAUAUAUUUUUGAACUGCAUUCUAGCUUGUAUCAAAUGACUUUCUCUUUUUGUUUACGGGUCCCCUGUUGUAUGUCAUUAAGGAAGAAAAGACAAAAAAUGAAAAUUUUGUACAGUGAA